CCACAUUCAAAAUCAAAAGCCAAAUUUACCACAAAGUCGGCUCAUUACUACCAAUGCCAAACGAACCUUAUAAAUUUUUACAAAUUUACUUUAUGGGUGGCGAGGACUCUGAACGGGCACUCGCCAAUCGCGUGAAUACACGUUGCAACUAUAAUCACCUCAAUUCACCAUUUGCAACGCGCAUUGUCAGCGAGCUGGACGCUCUGUUAAAUGAGCACAACGAAUUGUUGAAAUUAUUCAAAUCACAUAUGCAUAAGCUUCAAAGUGACAAUCACGCUAUUUUCAUCAAUCCUGAUAGAACACCAGCUGGAGGGCAUAUACGUCGAUUCAACGCACCUGUUGUUGACGACGUGGCUGGAAUCAUGGUUGGCGACCAUACAGCUACGCGACAAAUCGUGAUUCGAAGAAGAAAUAAUUCUCUUCAGUCCAUUCCUGAUACCCAUCGUUUAUAUGAUGCUCUCCAAUAUCCACUCAUUUUUUGGAAGGGACAAGACGGAUAUUGCAUAAACCUUAAGCAACGAGAUCCGGUAACAGCAAUAAAAUUACCAACCGCAAUUUUAAUUUUUCAAAAGCGGGCACAGCGAAGCGUGGCAGGGCAUGUGAACAUGCGCGUUCAAACGCUUCAGGAUCCAUCCGCCGAAACUUUUUCGAAACAGCUAUUAGAUAUUGGCAAUGGGAAAGUUGCCGUACAUGAAAAUACUGGAUCAAUAAAAUUACCAACCGGUUUUUGCACGAUCGUCCACUCGCAAGAUGUUCUCAUCGACUGUAUAUUUCCCGAUGUACACACACAAUAUAUAAAUCUUGAGUGGCUGGCAGAAAGAGCCAUUUUAGCAGCGAAAAAUGUGGACGUUCAUGGAUUAAAUUUCAAGAUACAACAAUUGUUGCCAACAGACUCUGUGUCAUACAAAUCUGUUAAUACAGUUUGCAAUACUAUCGAAGCUGUAAAUUACCCAGUAGAAUUUUUGAAUUCCUUGAAUUUGCCAGGCAUGCCACCGCACCACUUACAAUUGAAAGUAGGAUCUCCGGUGAUUUUGCUCCGUAAUUUGAACCCACCACGGCUGUGCAAUGGCACACGAUUGGUUAUUAAAAAAUUAAUGAAGAACGUGAUUGAGGCCACCAUUUUAAAUGGCAAGUUUCAAGCUAAAAGGUAACACGAAAUUCUUUGACUGUUAGGCGUUACGAAGUUCGCCGGGUUUGCUAGUU